AUGGCUUCCAAGUCGUCGAAUUUUCUUGAGCGCUAUGGUUACGAUUUGCUACUUGGAUCCAUAGCUGCGUUUUAUGUUUUCAUGGCACCCUACACUAAGGUUGAAGAAAGCUUCAAUGUUCAGGCAAUGCAUGAUAUACUAUAUCAUCGACAUCACUUAGAUAAUUAUGAUCAUUUGGAGUUCCCUGGAGUGGUUCCUCGCACUUUCCUUGGUGCAUUGCUUGUAUCAAGUUUGGCAGCUCCUUCUGUUUUAGCAAUGGACUUGUUGCACGUAUCAAAGAUUUAUAGUAUUUUUGCAGUUCGUUUGGUAUUAGGUGGUGUCAUAUUAUCUACAUUACGCUUCUUUCGUCUUCAGUCAAUUUGGCAUAUGGAUAUGGUUAAAGGAGAAUGUUAUGCAGCUAUAAACUGUCUGAUUUUUGCUACAGUUAUCUUUAGAUGUGAUAUUUUGUUACUUCUUUGCCCUCUUGGCUUGGAGCUUUUGUUGGUAAGUUUCUACUUUGCCCUUGUUAAGACACAUCCGUUUCACUGGUACUUCACUUCAGCACUCCCUCGCUCAUUGCUUGCUGCAUACCCUCUUUUUCUGCUUGGGGUCUUACUGGACAGAAGGAUUUUAUUAUUCAUUCUUCCAGUCUUCUCCUUUGUUUUACUUUACUCUAAGCUUUCCCACAAGGAGCUUCGUUUUAUCAUUAGCUCAGUUCCCAUCUUCAACUUAUCUGCUGCAAUUGCUGCUACUAGAGUCUAUAACAAUAGGAAGAAGACUUAUUGGAAGUUUCUCUAUCCAAUUAUGCUCGGAUUAUUGUUGAUCAGGGUGCACCGUCAUAACUUCAUGGCAUCCAAUGAGAAUUAUCCCAGUGGUCAUGCUCUAAAACAUUUGCAUGAGACUGGAUCUGGUUGGUAUUCUAAAGAAGAAGGGAUUCCUCCAGAAGAAUUAUGCCAGAGAAAUUUCACCUAUCUUAUAAAAUAUGAUCCUUUGGCAGCCAUGGCCCUCAACAAACCUAUACUUAUCGAGAAAACCUUCCAGCCUGAUGACAAGAAUCCUGUUUCUUAUUAG